CCGUUUCGUACCUCGAGCGUCAUGGCCAGGCGCGGCGGCCGGGAGGUGGCCAAGCUCGCCAUCAGCCAGUUUCGCAGCCAGACCCGCAUCGGGCGCAGGAAAGCGCUGUUGGGGGAGACGGAGAAGAUCCUGCGAUCGGGUCACGUGGAGGUGCCCAAGUGGUUCGAGGCGCUCAAGGCCGUGCCCCCCACCGCGCAGAUGAGCGCCAUGAGGCCGGAGCGUAUCGUGUACGCGGAGGAUAAGCUCAUCCGCGCGUACUACAACCGCAACCCGAGAGAACGGUUCCAGCCCAUCGACCUGGCCAGCCACGAGCCCCACUACGUGCGGAACUUCGCGCGGAGGCAGCUCAAGGUGAUGAAUCGCAACAGGGUCCCCGAGGACGUGGCGCUGAAGAUCGUCGAGGAGAUGGCCGCGGAGGAGGACAGGGUGGCGAGUGAAAGGGAGGCGCAGGGGCUGCCGUCGACACGCCAUCUCACCCCCAAGCACACGCUGCAGACAAACAUACUCGAGACGAUCCAGCAGGAGGAGGAGAUCGCGUGGCAGCUGGCCAAGAAGUUCAAGAUGACGCGACUGGCGGAUAAGAGGGAGGCGGAGAUGGCGGCCAAGAUGGAGAGGAAACGGGAGUUGGAGGAGAAGCAGGCGCUCGAGGCGGAGAAGCAGGCGGAGGAGACGCAGGUGAAACAAGAGGACGCCCCCGCGGAACCGGAGAGGAAAGGAAAGUCGAACGAGACUUGAAAGAAUAGCCGCGUCGUUGAAACCCAGAUCCAAAGUUCUAGUAUUGCCUCCUCCCGCGACGGUCCAGCGGGCUCGGCAGCUCGCCGUAGAUGGCAUCCGUCAGACUCGGCGGCACCGCGAACUUCCCGGCGGUGCCCGGCGGCGACGUCGGCGUCGGAACAAUCGACGAGACGUCCCCGCGCCACGACUCCACAGUCGCCGCAAACGGCGACGACGACGACGCCGAGCGAUCCACCAAACCCGAUUUGGACCGAAUCGAAUCCUGCCUCUCCAUCGGGGUGGACGCCGCGCGAUCCGACCCCGACCCUGGCGCGAUGCCGACCGACGACCUGUGGAACGCGGUGGCUACGUCGAGGGG